AUGGACACGUCAACAACCCUCAAUGCGACAAACGGCAAUAAGCAGAUAGAGCGCAACUACAAGCUUGCGCUCAAGCAGUUCAUAAACAAAAGCUUCCCGCUAGCGUUCCGAUUAUCGCAUCAGCUCUACCGUUGCUCGUUCGCCGAGUACCGCCAAGGCACCAUAUCGCACAACUUGCUAGUGAAGAUCAUCUCCUUGUAUCUUGUGGUCACGGGGGUAUGUUUGAAGGACCACAGGUUGGACGCGGUGCAGGCCAACGUUGCCCGCAACUCGAUCUCGUCGAACGAAGUCACCAACUUGAUCCGCUCGAUUUGGGACGCGCGUGUGCCGUGUGAAAUCAUGUACAACUUCCACUUGAUGAUGAUCUCCAAUCGAGAUUUGAUCAGUGAUGAAGCGGAGUAUAUUCGCGACGUGGUGGGUUCAGUUGCGCGGCUCGACGCGGGGGAUAAAUACGCUGCGAAGUUGCGUGAUCUCGCCGUGUUUGAAAUCUUGCCGGUGUUCAACAGGUUCGAUGACGCCGCGGCGUUGCUAGCUGGUGAUGGUGAUGAUGAUGCAGAGGCACGCGAGAAGUUGGCUAGGAUCAAGACAGAGAGCCAGGAUCGCGAACGGCGGGUCGAGCUCAAGCGUUUGGAGGAUGAGAAACGGAAACUGGAGUUGCGCGAGCGUGAGGCUAACGAAGCUCGCAAGUUGGCGAGGGAGUCGCAGUUGAAGUAUCGUUCCAUCCGCGAGAUCCAGCUGGGGUAUAGCACGGAUGAUAAACGCGAAAGUGUCGUCAAGAAGAAGAAAAGCCGUGGUAAUGGGCGAGAGGACUUGGUGGUUAGGUUGAAGUACUUGACCAGAUUGGUUAUGCGUUAUAUGGAGAGAAACUACAUGGUGUUGAUUGUGUUGGCGAUCUUGGUUUUCGGAAGCAUGCCGUUUUUGAAACGUGCUGAUUUGAGAGAACGCUUUGUUGAGACUGUCAAGAUGGCCUUCAAGUUCACCUACGUGUGA